GCGAAGCUAAUUAGGAAUAGUUUGAGUUGAGAAAUUUUGUUUGAAUUGAAGCUUGUAAUCAAAAUCCUCAUUUUCGUUACGGGUCGAUUUAUAAAAUUUCUAUUUCAAUGAAAAAAAAAGAAACGAUUUAGAUGGCAAGAAGGAAACUGAAAGAGUAGAACUUUACGAUUCUUUACUGUAUUGAACGAGAUAUCAGCCACCGUUUAGAGUUGUUUAGGACAGGAACAGUUCGAGUUACAGACCGGACUCCGUUAUGCUUAUCAAGUUUACUCUUUUACCCUUGAUGAUUCUUGCAUUUUACGAUAAACCCCACCUCCGUUUUUUUAACCGUUCUAAUAGAUCCACGCCGUCGCCUUUCUCCGUGGGAAAGCUGAGGUUUUAGGAAAAUUCAGCAUAAAGUUCAUCGCUUUUCGUAAAUUGCUCUCGUCACGACACUCUCUCUCUCUUCUCCAUGGCCUCCGUCGCGCUUCUUCGGUCUCUCCGCCGCCGCGAAAUCCGCGCAGCUUCCGUCUCGGCGUACCAACUCAGCUCUGCAAGCGCCGGCGGGAGGACGACGGAGCUCCGGUUAACCGGAGUCAAAGAUAUCAUCGCCGUUGCGUCUGGUAAAGGCGGAGUUGGAAAGUCGUCCACUGCUGUGAACUUAGCUGUUGCAUUAGCCAACAAAUGUAAUCUCAAGAUUGGGUUGCUUGAUGCCGAUGUGUACGGACCAUCUGUUCCCAUCAUGAUGAGUAUCAAUCAAAAGCCUCAAGUUAACCAAGAUAUGAAGAUGAUUCCAGUAGAGAACUAUGGAGUUAAAUGCAUGUCAAUUGGACUCCUUGUAGAGAAAGAUGCACCUAUUGUGUGGAGAGGUCCUAUGGUAAUGAGUGCUCUUGCUAAGAUGACAAGAGGAGUUGAUUGGGGAGAUCUUGAUGUUCUUGUUGUUGAUAUGCCACCUGGAACCGGUGAUGCUCAGAUUACCAUAUCCCAAAACCUUAAACUCUCAGGUGCUGUGAUUGUGUCCACUCCACAAGAUGUUGCGCUUGCUGAUGCUAAUAGAGGAAUCUCCAUGUUCGACAAAGUUAGAGUACCUAUCUUGGGACUUGUGGAGAACAUGAGUUGCUUUGUUUGUCCUCAUUGUAACGAAGCUUCUUUCAUAUUUGGGAAAGAAGGAGCACGCCAGAUGGCUGCAAAGAAGGGCUUGAAACUCAUCGGUGAGAUUCCACUGGAAAUGAAGAUCAGAGAAGGUUCUGAUGAAGGUGUUCCUGUGGUUGUUUCUUCACCUGGAUCUGUAGUAUCAAAAGCUUAUGAAGAUCUAGCUCUAAACGUGGUGAAUAGGCUCAAGGAGCUACGGGAUAAUCCAGAGAAUGAUAUUCAGAUGAAACUUAACGUUCCACACUCAUCACAGAACAAGCCAUGAGGACAAGAGGCAUUAUAAAACCAAAACCAAGUUUUGUCUUGGUGCUUCACCUUCUCGGAUUACAGUACCAAAUAGAGAAUGUUUUGCAAUUGCUGAGAAAAGAAAGUAUCUGCAGAAGACAAAAUAGAGCACUCUUUUUGAACAAUGUGAAGGAUUUCAUUUAUUUGAUAGGAAAAUAAUGAAUGUAAUUUAAAAGAUUUUUGUCAAAAAAUAAUAAUUCAAUGCUGUUGAGUAAGAUAUGUUAAGAUCA